AUUGAAGAAAAUUUAGGGUUUACAAGGCCCGCCAAAUCCCCCAUCCGUACAUUCUCUCCUCCACCAUUCUCCGAUUCGCGAUUCGUGGGUCCUGAUUCAUAUCCACAUUUCUCCCGGUUCCGAUCUGGGUCCUCGACAAUGGCGUCGAGAGCUUCUCCGUCGUCCUCGGCGACCAGAUCGGAUCCGCCCAAGGAAUCCUCGACAUCCCAGCCGCGGGACAGGACUCCAACCACUAAGGAGAUAUCAGAACUAAUCGAAUCCCUGAAAACGAAAGUUGUAGCUGAUCGCUGCAUAUCCAUAAAGAAAAGGAUGGAAGAAAACCAGAAAAAUCUGUGUGGUAUUACCCAUAACUUACUGUUAUCCAUGGAAAGAAGAGUUAGCCGUACGGAUGGUAGUAAUGAUGGGAUGGAUCUGUUAGCCAAGAGGCAAAGAGAUACACUCGGCAUAAAAAGUGGAAUCGAUGCAGGCGAUGGGGAUAAUAAUAACCACAGCUCCUUAGGAGAUGCACAUGCCAAUUCAACCACGAUUCAAGGAUCAAGUGUCCCUGUUAAACUUUCUCUACGCCCAGUUAAGAUACCUGAACUCAAACGUUUGCCACCUUAUACCACAUGGGUUUUUCUAGACAGGAAUCAGAGAAUGACAGAAGAUCAGUCAGUUGUGGGUCGGAGGAGAAUCUAUUACGAUCAAAAUGGUGGCGAAGCACUCAUUUGUAGUGAUAGUGAAGAGGAAUUGGCUGAAGAUGAAGAUGAGAAAAGAGAUUUCGUGGAGUCAGAAGAUUAUAUUCUUUGCAUGACCAUUGAACAUUUAGGUCUCUUGGAUCCUGUUUUGGAGGAACUGGCAAACUGCUUGUCCAGGAGUCCUAGUGAAAUCAAGGCAAGACAUGAAGUGCUUAUGAAGGAAAAACAAGUCUCUAAGAAUGGGGAUUCACAAGCAGAGAACUCAUUUCUCAACAAGGAUCUCGAAGCAGCUUUAGAUUCUUUUGAUAACCUAUUUUGCCGCAGAUGUCUUGUUAGUAGCCUUGUUGUUCAUUCCAUUCUCAUGUUUCAUUUAGUAAGGCUAUUGCUUGGUGUUCCGUGUACAUUGACUUUUUGUUUGCUUUGUUCUAUGGCUGUGCAGGUAUUCGACUGCCGACUGCAUGGGUGUUCUCAGGAUCUUGUAUCUCCUGCCGAGAAACCAGCUUCAUGGAGCCCUCCGGAAGAUGAAAAUCUACCAUGCGGUCCACAAUGCUAUAAGACGCUUCUCAAAUCAGAAAGAAUAAUUCAUGGAAAUGGCACCAUUGGAGAGAAAACUGGCGUAUCGGAUGGUAUGGGUACAAAGACCACAUCUAAAAAGCUUGCCAGCUCUUCUGCGAGGAGAAAGCAAAAGCCCUGCCAAAGUGAAAGCGCUUCUUCUAAUGCAAAAUGUGCCCAAGAAACAAGUGACUCUGAGAAUGGACUUCAGCAGGAUACCAAUUCUAAAAAGAAGUUAUCAUCACCCCCCAAGGGUAAAGGUAGUGGGAGACGUGGAGGUCGAAAGAGGAAUAACAACCAAGCUGCUGAGCGUGUUUCUCGUAGGACUCGAAAGAGGCAAAAGAAGAUGGAAGCCUCGGAUACUGAUUCCGUUGCCAGUGGAAGUCAUUCACCAAGUGAUGCAAAACAUGCGUUGAAUCCAUGCAAAGAAAAUGAAGAGGCUACUUCCCUUUCUGGAAAGCAUGUAAAAUCUGGGAGCUGUGGGAAGUCUAAGAAGAAUGGACUCCUAGUAGAGAACACCAACUAUUCUACGAAGGAAGCAGAUGGUGAUUGUCGGUUAAAUGAGGUUGCUUCUGAAAUUGCUGCACCUUGUACCGAUGAAAAAGAAGAGUUUGUCGGUGAAAAUGCAUGCAUAGAGGAAUCAGCUGCAAAUAAAUCGUGGAAGCCACUUGAGAAAAGCUUGUUCCAAAAGGGUGUUGAGAUUUUUGGAAUGAAUAGCUGUUUGAUUGCAAGAAAUCUUUUGAGUGGUUUAAAGUCGUGCUGGGAGGUCUUCCAAUACAUGACUUGCUCAGAAAAUAAAGCUUCCUUCCAGGGAAGUGAUGCCUUAAAUAUCAAAGGCGCUUCAAAGUUUGAUAUGAAUGGAACUGUGGCCAAUAAUCAAGUGAGAAGGAGGUCAAGAUUUUUACGUAGACGCGGCAAAGUGCGCAGGUUAAAGUAUACUUGGAAGUCUGCUGCAUAUCACUCAAUUAGGAAAAGAAUUACUGAGAGGAAAGACCAGCCAUGCCGUCAAUAUAAUCCAUGUAAUUGCCAAACAGCUUGUGGGAAGCAGUGCAGUUGUCUGCUAAACGGUACUUGCUGUGAGAAGUACUGUGGAUGUCCAAAGAACUGCAAGAAUCGGUUUAGAGGUUGCCAUUGUGCCAAAAGCCAAUGCCGUAGCCGCCAAUGCCCAUGUUUUGCUGCAGACCGGGAAUGUGAUCCAGAUGUUUGUAGGAAUUGCUGGGUCAGUUGUGGUGAUGGUACGCUUGGGGUUCCAAACCAAAGAGGUGAUAAUUACGAGUGCAGGAACAUGAAACUGCUGCUGAAACAACAGCAGAAGGUUUUACUUGGAAGAUCCGAUGUCUCUGGCUGGGGAGCUUUCUUGAAGAAUAGCGUCAGUAAACAUGAAUACCUUGGGGAGUACACAGGAGAGCUCAUCUCACAUAGGGAGGCAGAUAAACGUGGAAAGAUAUAUGACCGCGAGAAUUCGUCUUUCCUCUUCAAUCUAAACGAUCAGUUUGUGCUUGACGCUUACCGGAAAGGAGACAAGCUGAAAUUCGCCAACCAUUCCCCAGAGCCCAACUGUUAUGCUAAGGUCAUAAUGGUAGCGGGAGAUCACAGGGUCGGGAUUUUUGCGAGGGAAAGGAUAAUGGCAGGAGAAGAACUUUUCUACGACUACCGAUAUGAACCAGACAGAGCUCCUGCUUGGGCCAGAAAACCCGAGUCCUCUGGUUCUAAGAAAGACGAUGGUGGUUCCGGUUCUGCUCCUCCUUGGCGUGGAAGAGCCAAGAAGGUUGCUUAGCAUAGCUUAGCAGUGGCAAUUCUCCAUUAACAACCGGAGUGAAGAGAACAACAUUUUCCCCUUUUUUGGUUGAAUUCUUUCUACAGGUAGUAGAAGCAACAACAAAAAAACAUCAAAAGGCCAUUCCAAACAUUUCAGUCUGCAUUUCGGUUUACAUUUUUAUUCAUAAUUGAGACUAAUCCAAUUUCGUUCCUUUGAUUCAAA